ACGGAGGGAAAUCAACAACGGCUUAUCUUCAACUCAAACGCAUAUACACACACUCCCCCUCUCUCUGAAACCUUCGUUCCAUUCAAAUGGCACUCGCAUCCAUGAAAUCUUCCAUGGAAGCUGACAUUCAAGUCCGAGAUUCAAAAUUUUCAGAGAAGCAAAUCGGAAAGCAAGGUCUCCGGAAAAAGAUUCUCAAGAAAGGAAUUUCCUGGCAAACUCCAUUUCCUGGAGACGAGGUGGAAGUUCAUCUCAGCGGGCACGUUGAAGGCGGGGCAUGUCUUGAUUCAACUCGUGAUAAAGGGGUUCCCUUUAUCUUCAAAUUAGGCCAAGGUGAAGUUAUCAAAGGAUUGGAUGAUGGAGCUGCCACAAUGAAGAAAGGCGAGAGAGCAAUUUUCAAAGUACCACCAAAUUUGGCCUAUGAGGAAGCUGGUUCUCCACCACUGAUUCCCUCCAAUGCAGCUCUCUUUUUUGAUGUUGAGAUGCUAUCUUGGAGCAGCAUCAGGGAUAUAGCAGGUGAUGGAGGAAUAUUGAAGAGGAUAAUAAAGGAGGGCGAGGGAUGGGCCACACCCAGAGAUGGAGAUAAAGUUUUAGUGAAGUAUGAGGCUGGGCUUGAGAAUGGACUGCUUGUUUCCAAAUCUGAAGAAGGAGAAGAGUUUCACAUAGGUGAUGGUUAUCUAUGCCCUGCCUUUGGCAAAGCUGUGAAGACGAUGAGAAAGGGUGAAGAGGCAGAGCUAUCAGUAAAGUGCUCUUGUCAUACAUUCUCAGAUGGGUUCAGCCGAAAUGUAAAUGUUCCGGGAGACACUGGCAGAAGCAUUCAUCCGCAUUCUAGUUUCAGCAUCAAGCUUGAGCUUGUAUCAUGGAAAAGUGUAAUUGACAUCACAGGAAAUAAGAAAGUGCUCAAAACAAUUGUACAAGCUGGUGAAGGCUUUGAACGUCCUAAUGACGGAUCCCAAGUGAAAGUGGCAUAUACUGGCAAACUGGAAGAUAGAACAGUUAUUGAGAAGAAGGGAACUGCUGAAGAACCUUUUGAAUUUAUAACUCUGGAAGACCAAAUAAAUGAGGGUUUGGACAGAGCAAUAAUGACAAUGAAGAAAGGAGAACAAGCUCUAGUCAGAGUCAGUGCAGAGUAUUUGUCUGGUCAUGAGAUUUCAGGAAUGUUUCCUGCAAAUUCUGUGCUUCACUAUGAAGUUGAGCUGAUUGACUUUAUCAAGGAGAAACCAUUUUGGAAGAUGGGUGCAUUUGAGAAAUUAGAAGCAUGUGAAAGGAAGAAGAUGGAUGGAAAUGCAUUGUUCAAGGCUGAGAAAUUCUGGCGUGCCUCCAAGAAAUAUGAAAAGGCAACAAACUAUAUCGAUUUUGACCACUCUUUCACUGAUGAUCAAAAGUGCCUUGCCAAAGGGUUGCGGUUAUUGUGUAAUUUGAACAAUGCAGCUUGCAAGCUUAAACUAGGGGAGUAUCUUGAAGCUUCAAGAUUAUGCACAAAGGUUUUAGAACAGGAACCCUUCAAUAUCAAAGCUCUGUUCAGACGAUCCCAGGCAUACUUGAAAACGUUAGAACUCGAGAAAGCUGAAGAUGAUAUAAACAGGGCUCUAACCAUUGAUCCAAAUAAUAGAGAUGUGAAACUCGUCUACAAGGAGCUGAAAGAUAAGCAAAGAGAAUAUGUUAAAUACCAAGCUGAUUUUUUUAGCACCAUGAUUUCAAGGAUGAGUUAAUUUGUACCUUCUUCUAGAGUAAAGAAUUAAUCAUUUUCAUCUUAGCAUACUGAGGACUAUAUAAUCCAGAAACUAUGAUAGCUUUUAGUUAAAUUACUAAACUUUCCCUGCAAACUGGGCGACAGCUACAGUUUGUUAGCCACUUUAAAUAAAAGUGUGGCUACUUGCAGCCAAUAAUUAAGAUUUGAUAAAGCUUAGCCCAAUGAAUCAAUGAUACAAAACAAGCAAUGACAACCAUACAGCUAUUGAUUUUAUUGCUGUCUUCCAAUGGAAUUAGUGCAAAAGGGCACUGUCUUUAUGCCUCUUUUCCUAGGCUUUGCUUUUCCAUUUGUUGCCUUUUGUUUUUUUUCUUCCGGCAGCUCCUGUUUUUGAGUUGUGCUUCCCACUUGCUUAUUUGUAAAAUUAUGUAACAUUAUUUUUUUCUUGAUAAUGGAUUUAUUAGAGUAGCCGACCCCAAAUUUUUGGGAUAAAA